CCUGGAAAUCAGACGCUUACGGAGCGUAUCAGCUAGAGAGAUGUGGACUCUGAAGCGGCGUCGAAAACAGUGAAACAUCCCCGGGAAUAUCGCUGAAUUAGUCGCUCAGAUAGACUAAAACAUACCUAUACGUAUGAAAAGAAGACCUAGAGAGGAUUAAAUUGUAAAUUCCAUUAUUUUUUCUCCGGAACGUUACCCUAAAUAUCGGCCUUUCGCAGUCCCAAUGCUGUGGUCGCGUGAAAGGAGAGGAUGACUGUUUGAUUUCGUUUCAUUGCUCACCGCAUCGCCUUCCUCUCUUUUUUUCUGAUUUGGACCCGCUAUGGUGGACUCGAAUGCAAUGAGGAAGACUUUUGUGGUCCCGGAUAUAAAGCCAUUGGAUCAGUAUGAUUUGCCCAGAGCCAAAAUCUGCGCCAGUGUUGGGUGGCUUCUGGCGAAAUCUUACGGCAAUGCAGAGAAUGUUCCAGUGGAGCUGCGGGACCCGUUCUACUGUGAUCAGUAUGAGCAAGAGCACCUGAAGCCUCCUGUCACGCGCCUCCUGCUGUCCCCUGAGCUCUACUGUCGCACGUAUGGCCUUCUGCUGGGUGGAAGCCCGGGGGCCAAGGGGCCCCCCAAAGACAUCCCAGCACUCCUACAGGUCCUGGGCAGGAAGGUCUUGGCACCCAAAGACCAGAAUGCCCCCGUGACAGAGGCUGAGCUCCGGCAGAAGCCCAUCAAAAUGAGUGCCCACUUGGAGUUGAUGGAUGACUUAAUGGCAGUGGGUGCCAUGGAGACGGUGAGCACAGUCUUGGCGAGCGGCGGAUCGGAGCUGUUUGGUACAGAUGCAACCUGGGACAGAGUCCUGCUUUGCUGGGUUAACACGCUGAAUCAAAAACUGAAGGAACAAACAGAAGGUACACAAAAUGACGCAUCUCAGCCUAGUACUGAACCAGAGCCUGUUCAACCUUCGAUCCGGUACAGGAAGGACAGGAUGCAGUCUAAGCUCAAACCCUAUUUUCCUGUGGUGAAUGAAGUGAAGGAUCUCUCAAACGGAUGUGCUAUUGCUGCAGUUAUUCACCAUUACUGUCCUGGUCUACUGAGAUUAGAGGAUGUAUGUAUGAAGGACUCCAUGUCUGUGGCUGACAGCCUGUACAACCUACAGCUGAUUCGGGAGUUCUGUGACAGCUGUUUGAAGAGCUGCUGCCCUCUAGCGUUGGAGGAUAUGCUAUACAGCCCAGCAGAAUUAAAGACAAACAUACUGAACUUUCUGGCAGAGCUCUUGUAUUGGUUUGAGGUCUCAAAGCCAGAGUUUGUUCAGCCCCUGCAGGACUCUGAGCUGACUGAAACAUCUGGAAGGACCAGCAAUGGCAACAGCGGGUCCAGCAACAGUGGUUCUCCAUCUAUCUUCAAAAAGCCUUUCCUGCCCAUCUCUUCCCCUGUGACUGCAGCAACAGGAUCUCUAACUCAGUCUACCUCAAUGUCUCAUGUAGAGGCAGCGGGAAGAAUGUGGACUAAGAAACCACUUAGCCGUCCCAUGUCCUCUGCUGUGUCCUUUAGUAUUCCUUUUGGACUGGACAGUGAUGUGGAUAUUGUGAUGGGGAACCCUGUAAUAACUCGGUCUGUCAGUUCGGACAAUCUUAACCCUGCUGGUCAAUCCAUGACACAUGUCCCAUACACACCCCCAGAGGACCUCAGCCACUUGCUUAGUAAAGCUCCUGGGCCUAAUGGCCCUCAAAGAGCUUCUUGGGCCACUCGAACUCGUCCGAUGCUGGCUGAAGAGAACGGCAUUGAUGAUAGUGUAACAGGAGAGCUACCAACCAUUGAAGAGGCACUGCAGAUCAUCCACAACGAAGAGAAGAUGGAGCCUCGCCUUCACCCGGACGGGGCACCUGAUGGUUUCUACCUGCAUUCACCAGAUGAUUCAGCAACUGCUAGACUUAAUGGCAGCCCAGUAACUCUCAGCUCUUCAGCCCCAUCCCGCUCAGGAAUGCUCUACCACCGAUCCUCAGGAGUCCCGUCAGAGCCCAGCUGCACCAGACACCCCUCAGAGGGAUCCAGAGAUGACGACUCCGUAUUAAGAGGUGGAAGUGUGGAUUCAGAUGCCUCCGAAGAUCUUCCAAAAACUCACUCCACCCCUGUCACACCCGCCUCGGGCCCUCGCAUAACACAACCGCGUAGUGAAGAGACACCGGAUAGCGGUGUUAGGAUGACCAAUUUUGCCGAACGGAAAAAGAAACUUGUUCCAGAACAAGUACAGCCCAAUGAACCACAGGCCUCACAGAUGACUACAUGGGCCAAGAAAUCAGAGGAGAGUCCCAGUAAGAGUCCUGCUCUCAGCACUGAAAUGUCAGAGCUGGGGGCGAGGCUUGAGGAGAAGCGGAAGGCUAUUGAGGCUCAGAAGAAGCGUAUAGAGGCCAUCUUUGCCAAACACCGGCAACGGCUGGGAAAAACUGCCUUCCUGCAGUUAAAGAAGGAGCAGGAGGAUGGGGAUGGCGAGGAAGGACGUCAAGGGGAGGUUGGUACCUCCUCUGUGGAAGAUGACCUCAGCCGUUUGGCGCUAGAGGAGAAUCUGGCACGCUUGGAGAGCGAGGAGCAGCAAGAGGAGGAACAGUUGAAAAAGGGCCCCUCAGUAGAAGAAGAGGGGAAUAUCAAGCCCUCUGUCCAACAGGACAAUCCAGUAGAGAAAGAAAAGGCUGGAGUAGGAGUUCCUGGAGGAAAAGGCACGGCUCCUCUGGGAGAUUACAACAACGCUGUGUCUAAACUAAGUGCUGCUCUCAAUUCUCUCCAAAGCGAUAUGCAGCGCCUCUCGGAGCAGCAGAACCAGCUGAUGAAGAAGAAGGCAGCUCCUAACAAUCAGGCUUGGGUCAUCCCACCCAGCUCCAAACCCUCAAUAACUGCACCUUCUCGUUUGUCAAGGGAGUCCACUCGUGACCUGCCCUCUGCCUCCUCUUCUCCUUCCCCAUCUCGCAAGAUUGCAAGUCACACCGCUCCCCCCAAAUCACCUGCAUCCCACCGUAGGGCACAGUCUGCACCUCCAAAGAGCCCCAAACUGCAUCACCACCCUCGGCCUGCAGAGCUCAAGACUCCUGUUUCCACAAGAGUUAUAACUCCCCCUCAAAGUGUGGACAACCUUCCUCAUUUGCGAAGAGUGUCCCCGUGGCAAUACAGGGAUCAGAACUCAUCCUCUUUCAGCAUAGGUACCUCCAGUCAGAGUGAGUCCCGCUCAGCUUCGUCCCUGGCUAGACCAGAGGACAACUUCUCAGACACCAGCUCCAGUGAGGACCAUACAAUCUUCAGUAUGGAACUGGAUAGCGGAUCUUCACAGGUUCUGCCCCGAAAGGAGCGCCAGGGUGGUGGCAGCAGCUCAGGAGCUCCUUCUGAGUGCUCCUUUGAGAGUGACAUUCCUGUAGCUGCUUUCAAUGGCAAGCGCAACAGCCUUAUCGAGAUCUCACUGUCGUCUCUCAAAGCAUUAGAGGGUGAAGAAGCCGAUCAGAGCCAGGAUAUCUUCUCAGAUUCAAUGAGCGACCAAACGGAGCCAGAAACUAGGGGUGGACUUGGAUUCUUCUUCAAGCAGGAUGAAGCUCGACCUGAGGAUGAGAUGGAGAGGAGAAGAGCUGCAUUACUUGAGAAACAACAAAAGAGAGCAGAGGAGAUGAAGAGGCGAAGACAGGAACAAGAAAGAGAGAGGGAGGCAAGUAGGUCAUCUUCAGUGGAUGAGCCUCGCAGAGGAGAGGAGAGGCCCCGAACUCCUUCUACCCCUCCGCCUCCACGCACCCCUCCACCAGAGGGCACUCCUCAGCGGCGUGGAGACUUCACCCGCCAGGAGUAUGAACGGCGACAUCAGCUAAAAAUAAUGGAGGAUCUAGAUAAAGUUCUCCGCCAGAAACCUACUACAGUAAGAGGCGUCAAGAAGCAGAGGCCCAAAACAGUGUUCAGAGAUGACUCCGACCUCUCUCGCAGCCCUGCCAAAGGGUUUAUGGGUUCUAGACUAAAUAAAGUUUACUCCCAUUCAACAAUGAAUCUGUCCUCCAUGGCCAAUGACAAUGGAACGCUAACUGUCAGAAAAUCUCCAAGUCGUUCUCAUUCACCAUCCAGACUGCUAUCUCCAGGCCGUCUUGCUGCACAGAAUGGAGACUGGGAAAAUACAUCUACUAUUUCAUCCCCAGCUUCCAUACCAGAAUACACUGGACCGAAACUCUACAAGGAGCCAAGCUUCAAGUCCAAUAAGUUCAUUAUCAAUAAUGCCAUCUCUCGCUGUUGUUUGGCAGGCAAGGUCAACGAACCACAGAAAAACAAGAUUGUAGAGGAAAUGGAGAAAAGCUCUGCGAACCAUUUCCUCAUCCUGUUCCGGGAUGCCAGCUGUCAGUUCCGGGCGGUUUACACCAUGAACCCCGAGACGGAGGAGAUGGUUAGGCUCACAGGUAUUGGGCCGCGUGUUAUCAGUCCCACUAUGGUGGAGUCGAUCUACAAGUACAGCUCUGACCGCAAGCAGUUCACGGUCAUCCCGUCCAAGACCAUGUCCAUGAGCGUGGAUGCCUUCACCAUUCCCAACCACCUAUGGGAGCGCAAGCGCCCGGGAACUCCAAAGAAGCUCGGGACCCCAAAAUAAAGCCUGCUGGAAAUGCCAACUAUGCCUGAGCUGGCCACGUCACCCUGGGUUUCUGUCCCCACUCCGCCAGAGUAGCGGGGCACAGUGGAGUGCAUGCCUGGAGAAGGAGUGGGAUAACUGAAAAGAGGCCCUAAUACAGAAAAUCCUAAAAGAAAGUGCCCUCAGAAGUUCAUGGCGGGUGACUGUGCAAAACCUCUCUGUGUAACUACAAGUCAAGUUACAAAGAUCUAUUCAGAAAUCCCUAUUGCCAUUUUCUUAAGGUAACUCAAGUGAACACAAGUCAUAUUUCCAAGAAAGGGGCCUGAUUGGUUUUCUAAGAUUGUACAAAAUGUAUCCUUGGCAUUUUAGAUGCAACUUUCCAGUCUCAUCUUUCAAGUAAAAUGAAUGUCCUCCAGAAAAAGAUCCUUAGAAAUGUUACUAUCUUCCAGCUCCUUCCCUCUUUUACUCACUGAACUGGAUCCAUUGACAUGUAAAGGAUGCCCCAGAUGAAAUCGAAUCUUUGCUCUUUGAUGAAUGUAGGGCACAAACCAACACAGGCCUUCUUAUCGUCUUGUUUAUCGUCAUCAGCUUCUCAGUCUUAAGGGACUGAAUGUAGAACUGAAUUACAAGGGGGCGCAGCCACUCUCCUUUGUCACGUCAUGCGAAAAAGUCCCAUGCUGCUGUCCAUUUCGAGUCUGUCUUGCUCUCUGAUCAAACCGCCCUAUCGCUUGGCCUUCCUAAAGUCAGUCGUAGACAUCUGGAUGUUUACUUUCUUAAUGCUUCGGACCUAAUCUAACUGGAUCACUCAAGGUUUUGGACCUCAGGAGAGCAUGUUAAAGACUCAGAUAUUUUCCUUCGCAUUUGCUUUAAUUAAGAAUGAAUGAAAAAGUGAAAAGAUGCCAGACCAUGCAGUUGAUUUCCAUUAAUGAUACUCCAAAAAUGAAGGAAGCCUUUUUACUCCGUUUAGCUGUAACUGGAAAAAUAAUGUAAGAAAAAAAAAUCAAGGCUGAUUUAAUAUACUGUAUAUUUGAAUGCUGUUUAUUGCUGAUUCUUUCAUUUUUGACAAUGAUUUGUAUAUUGUGGCGAUUUGUAAGCAAUGAAUAAGCUACCCUGCUGCUUCACUACUAGAGCUGGAUGUGCUGGUGUGAAUGAGUGUGUGAGCGGGACCGGGGACAGAAUGAGACAGAUGGUGAGAAACAAUAAAGACAAAUCUGAUAUUAACUCUCACUUAUGUACCCAGAGCUGAAUGAACAAGUAGUCCUGUUUGGUGUAAUGCAUACUUACACCCCGACAUGCAGCAGCUCAUAGUGAUAUACCAAUAGUGAACACCAACCGAAAGUGAUAUAAAACAAAUGCUAAAAGGCAGAUGAGCAGCCCUGGUGUCUGCAGCCUUAAAUGGUUAUUAUGUUGUUUCUAUUACUAUGAUCUAUGAAUAGUCUCCAAACUGUCUAACUUGGCCUUAUUCGUUUCUUGGAUGGCUUGAAGUUGUCUUUUUGUAUAAAAGGGGCGUUUAGUCUGUUUCUCUUUAUCAAAGCACUAAAACAACUGAUUAAGUCAGGCCACCCUUUCCUGUCUUCAGAGAAUCAGAUGAAGUACUUCACAGAUUUGCUGUAAAGAUGUACAUAUUUUUGUAAAGAGCCAAAAAAAAAAAUCAUUUUUGAAAUGAUUGGAUGAUAUGUUUCUGUGUCAAAUGAAUGGGAGAUGUGUAUUUGUGUGUAGGUUGCAUGUGUUUGUUGGGUGAAACAUGAUGGUGUAAUGUAACUGGAUUCUGUGCAAUUCUGUAGAAUGUUAGGUCACCUAAGGUUUUAACCUUAUUUAUUGGGUAAGGAUGAGCUAGAGGUUUCUGUUUAGUUUCCAAUUUUAUUAUUUAUGUACUGGCAAAUGUGGUGAUUCACUCGUUCAUUUCAGAAAGCACAUUAAUGUUUUGUAUUUUUCUUUUACGGUUUCCAUGUUCAUGUUGGUAGAUUGUUUUCUCCCAAAUUCUUUGAUUAUGGAUCAAUCCCAUGUGACAGGAUUAGAAAAAUAAAAUCAUUUUUAAAUAA